UUUUUAAUAUUUGCGUUCUUUUUUCUCAGUUGCCUGCCUUCCUCUCUGAAAGUUCUUCACCCGAAAGUUCCAUUUUCAACAGAGCACAGUGCGUAGUUCAGACUCGAUAUAACGACAUUUUUGUGGGGUCCAAACAAUCCCCCCUACCAUUCUUGUACACCUCCUUGACAAUGCCGUGCUGGGUUUCACCAAAACCAUUCCCAACAAACUCCUCCUCACCAACUACAACUUUUUGCAUUUAUCCCAUACUUCGUGUUCUGUGUUCUUAGAUUGGCUUUGUCGUGAAUGGCUCUUAAAGGUGCAGCUCCCUGGGUUUGCGCCAGAAAUCCUUCUUCUGAUCUCGGGACCUCAGAUUUGGGUUCUAGGAAUUCUGGGGCCGCUUCGAUCAGUUUUAAGUUCGAUUUGGAAAAGUUUAGCCGGGAAUGUUGUCGUCUGGAUGCUUUGACUCGGCAAGCUACCACUCCUGUGGAAGAUGAGAAGCCGCGUGUGCCUGGGGUUGAGUCAUCAGGGGCCAUUGCGCGAACUCGGGGCAAUGAAUCCAGGGGUCUUCACAAGGAUUUGAACCUUCUACCUAAACCAUUAUCCGCAAAUGGCCUCACUUCUUCUCCAAGUGAUGGUUCAAAAGUACGGGUUGUGAUGGGGCUGCCAGGAGCAUAUAGCGAGGCUGCAGCACUGAAAGCAUACCCCAAGUGUGAACCUGUUCCAUGUGACCAGUUUGAAGAAGCAUUCAAGGCUGUUGAAUUGUGGUUAGUGGAUAAAGCAGUUAUUCCCAUCGAGAAUUCUGUUGGUGGGAGCAUCCACCGUAAUUACGAUUUGCUUCUUCGACAUAGGCUGCACAUAGUCGGGGAGGUGCAGAUGCAAGUUAACCAUUGCCUUUUAGGGUUACCUGGCGUAAGAAAAGAGGAGAUAAAAAAUGUUUUGAGCCAUCCUAUGGCUCUUGCUCAAUGUGACAUGGCGCUAAAUGAAUUAGGUGUUCUCAGCAUUAGUGCUCAUGAUACUGCUGGUGCUGCUCAGAUGGUGUCAUCAACUGGCCUAAGAGAGUCUGGAGCCAUUGCUAGCGCCAGAGCUGCAGAAAUUUAUGGGCUUGAGAUUCUUGCUGAAAAUAUCCAGGAUGAUGACAAUAAUAUUACCCGUUUCCUGAUGCUUGGAAGAGAACCUGUAAUUCCUGGAACUGAUAGGCCCUAUAAGACAAGCAUUGUUUUUACUCUAGAAGAAGGUCCUGGUGAACUUUUCAAAGCUUUAUCGGUCUUUGCUAUGAGGAGCAUUAAUUUGUCUAAGAUUGAGAGUCGCCCACAGAAACAGCAUCCAUUAAGGGUUGUUGAUUAUUCUAAUGAAGGGAGCACCAAGUAUUUUGACUACCUGUUCUUCAUCGACUUUGAAGCUUCAAUGGCAGAGCUUCGUGCCCAAUAUGCUUUAGGACAUCUACAGGAAUUUGCAAGAUUUCUACGUGUUCUUGGUAGCUACCCGAUGGAUACGGUUCUAUAGAAGAAGCUCUGUGGAGUCAGUUUCAGUUGGAUGGCCAAAUUCUUCUUGUGUAUAGAAUUGAUCCUACAGAAGCCAAUGCUAAAAGAGGUUCAACUUGGCUUCUUUCUGAAUAGGAAGGACGAAAUUCUCUCCAAUGGUCUCACUCUAUUUUUCUGUCAUGAUUCUUUUCAUCUCCUACUGGGGUGAGGUUUAAGAUAUCAUGAUUUUUUUAUUUUUUUUUAUAUAACCCAAAAAAGGGACAACACUGGGGCCGCCCUAUGGUACAGUCGUUUUCUGUUUUUAUUCGUUUCGUUUGUUGGUCCUGUUUAGGAGGGAGUUAGAUAGAUAGAUAGAUAGAUAGAUACCUGUUCUUAUCAACGGUUUACUCAAAGUCCUCUAAUAUAAAUAAGGAACGAAGUAACUUAUCAUCAGUGUUCACGUGUUUAGUGGCACAAAAAUGCUCAAAUAAAGUGCUUACUGCCCCACUUUUGAUA